AUGUCCCUUACAUUGGUGGUCAGUGGGAAGAAUGUCCCUUACAUUGGAGGUCAGUGGGAGGAAUGUCCCUUACAUUGGGGGUCAGUGGGAAGAAUGUCCCUUACAUUGGUGGUCAGUGGGAAGAAUGUCCCUUACAUUGGGGGUCAGUGGGAAGAAUGUCCCUUACAUUGGUGGUCAGUGGGAAGAAUGUCCCUUACAUUGGGGGUCAGUGGGAAGAAUGUCCCUUACAUUGGGGGUCAGUGGGAAGAAUGUCCCUUACAUUGGGGGUCAGUGGGAAGAAUGUCCCUUACAUUGGGGGUCAGUGGGAUGAAUGUCCCUUACAUUGGGGGUCAGUGGGAAGAAUGUCCCUUACAUUGGGGGUCAGUGGGAAGAAUGUCCCUUACAUUGGGGGUCAGUGGGAAGAAUGUCCCUUACAUUGGGGGUCAGUGGGAAGAAUGUCCCUUACAUUGGGGGUCAGUGGGAAGAAUGUCCCUUACAUUGGGGGUCAGUGGGAAGAAUGUCCCUUACAUUGGGGGUCAGUGGGAAGAAUGUCCCUUACAUUGGGGGUCAGUGGGAAGAAUGUUCCUUACAUUGGUGGUCAGUGGGAAGAAUGUCCCUUACAUUCAGGGUCAGUGGGAAGAAAGUCCCUUACAUUCGGGGUCAGUGGGAAGAAUGUCCCUUACAUUGGGGGUCAGUGGGAAGAAUGUUCCUUACAUUGGUGGUCAGUGGGAAGAAUGUCCCUUACAUUGGGGGUCAGUGGGAAGAAUGUCCCUUACAUUGGGGGUCAGUGGGAAGAAUGUCCCUUAC